ACAAACUCAGAUUUUAAACGUGCCGGUGAAAUUUUUCUUCCUUUUAAUGCCUUUUUCAGCUUUUCUUCACUUUUUACAGUUUUAAAACAUACAUUUAGCAAAUCUGGAUGAAACCAAGGAGAAAAUGAUCGCUGCCUCAGAUCCGCUGGAAUUUGUCCCAGGUGGACGUCAGACGGUUUUGAGGCAUCCUGGAAGUGUGAUUAGCCAACAUUCGGGCAAUCAUCCAGGACCAACCGAUAGCCUUUUGUUACAAAAAUUCAGCCAAGUCAACAUAUCGGACAGAUCUCCGAAAGAAUUUUGGACAGUGAGAGAUAACGAGAUAUGCGGAGAAGAGGAGCUUUACUGUUCUGGUAAAAUUGCCGUUCAUUCGAAGGGCGAUAGGUCGACUAGGAUUCUGCAGACAUCUUAUACUUGCGAGACGGAUAUUAAGCAUGCGCUUUGGUGCACUUUUUGCACGUCUACUCCUGAUCACUCGUCAAAAGCCAAAGAACCCGACGAGAGUGAUAUAAGUCUAAACGGUAUCGACUGUAUUUGCUUGGUCGAUUCGUACACUCUGAAAGUCUUUACAGCUUCUGGAGAAGAUUAUAUAUCCAGUUUACAAUUUCAAGUCUCUGCGAUAUGGGCUACGAAGUAUGGAAUAUUACUGGAGAAAUCUCAGGUUCCAACUUCGGUGUCUAGGUAUAUCUCAUUGGAAGCUAGCAGAAUAGCUACCCAGAAUGAUAACCUACUACCGGUAGCGUUUUCCCUUAUGCAUCCUUUGGACGAAAUAUGUCCUCUUCUCAUUAAACACGGGACUGUUUCUUAUAUGUGCGAUUCAAAUCAGAAAAUCGUUUUUACUAGCUCCGAACCUUCUCUAGCCGUAGUCUACGACACGAGGACUGGUUUGCAUUCUGUUUAUAAGAUUCGUAAAGCUUCGACGGAAGAAUGCCAGUUAGUUUAUGGAAACAGUGACAGUAAUCAGAGUUUGUUUAAUCAGUCGACGAGUGCUUCGCCACUAACCCUUGGCGCUAACCUUUCCGCCAACAAGAGUGCCAACAAAGCCCAUCUAAGUCUCUUUGGGCUCCCUAAUCUACAAAUCAGUAACGUCAACCUGAGUCUGGGGAUAAGCAGUAGUCCGUUUGGUUCUCGAGGUACAUCCUAUGCUACGACUUCCUCCGGUGGUGGUCAGUCACCAUCUCAACAACAACAGCAUCCUCAUUCUCGAUCUCAGAGCCCGAUGGCUACGAUAUCAAGAUGUCAGUCUCCGACGCAUCCUGCCUUUUCUCCCCUUUUUGGAGUCCCCGCUACCUCUAACAUUCAUCAGACGAGACUACAACAGACAGUUCUGGGCCAUCCUCAAGGCAGCUCCGGUGCUAGCUGCAGUAGCAUACAAUUUCAAGACCUGGGUAUGAGUCCGAGUAAACCAUUGUAUCCCGAAUUAUGCCUCGAUCAUGUAUGGACAGAAAGCGUCGGGCUCCAGAAGGACAUUGUCUCUGGACGUGCAUCGAAGGUUCUCUUAGUAUCGGACCUUGUCGGACAAAGUUAUUUGGGUUACUUGGUGCCGAAUCGAUCUCAACUUUUUUUGGUACGACUGGAGAAGACGAACAUACGACAGCAUAUUAUAUUUGGAAUGGUCACCAGCAUCGUUGCCAAAGACGCAGUUAGUUUACCGUCAUUGAACAUGAUCGCCAUCAUGGAUCUUUCUAAUGGCGUGUGCCUGUAUUCAGGAGUUACGUGUGUGGGGAAGGUCCACGUAACAAAUGUGUUAGCGAGCCUCAGCGAGUGCAAUUAUUUCUUACCCAGCCUGGGACAUAAAUUUGGAUCUCCAUUCCCCCGAAGGAGUUCCCUAAUACCCCAAAGUUCAGUACCACCCCACGACAUUAAAUUCGAGGAAGGGUUGCACCUACUCAGUCCUGUGGGAUCCUGUCCCAGGCCUCUUCUGCUAGAGAAUUCCCUCUCCGAUGGAAACCUGCUUGCCUUAAAAGAAGCGGUAGGCAACGAAGUAACAUUAGAGUACGGUAACAAGAAUUACUUCAGGAUCGCCCUGCCAACAUUGAGCACGUCCCCUCUAGUCACAAAAUGCUUGCAAGCUCUACGGAGUGUCCUACAAAAGGACCUAGCGAUGCAAAUGUUGGUCAAAUGGUACGGAGCAAGAAAUGCACCCGGACCGCAGGACUUUUCUCCUCUCCAAGAGUGGCAUCUAUUCCUGGUGAUCUUGCUGGCUCUCCUCGGCUACGACGUGGACAAGCUCGAAUUAAUUAAAACCGACGAAGAGGAUCAGCAUACGGAGAAGAACAGUCCCAUAGUGCUCCCGAAGAAGCAGAAGAUAAACGACAGCGUCUCCAACGAGAACUGGCAGUACAUCGUGAACUCCGUCGAGCACUCGGGAUCGCAAGCGUUCUUAUCGGACACUCUCAAUUUGUCAAGACCCACUUCGAGUACCUCGACAAGCGAUAAGCCGAGUGCAAAAGUGGAGGAGUCGCUAUCCGGAAAAAUAAGCGCCCAGGCCAUUUUGUUUCCGUAUCUACCUCUGGUCCUGCUCUCGUUGCACCUCCUCUACGAGGAAUUGAAACUGAACACCGUAAUGACGGAGAGCCUGCCCUUACUCGCGCAAUUGCUCCACCAAUUGAGCACGGAUUUAAAGCUCGAGAUGUACUCCCAUCAUUACUUCCUGGACUUCCCGACCUUCUGCAACAUCAGCGGCUUAACGUCCCAAGUUAACGCCCUGGACUUGCAGAAGAUUACUCCACCUAAUUACAUGCCACUUAGGCCACCGAGUAUCUUUCAGACUUUAAAUGAUCUGUUGAAUGGAAGGGACGUUACUCCAUAUCCCUACGUGCAUUACGUUAAUCCCAGGUCGAGGAAUAUCGUACACCUGGUGGCACUGAUAACGCGAGAAGGGAAGUCCACGGUGAUAGAGAUGGAAAGGUUUACCAGAUUAAUCGUACCAGCCGGAAGUCGGGUCGAUCCCCCGGAACUGGGAGGUAAAUACGACCGGGAGAUCCCCAGGAAAUUGGAAACUUCCACCCCGGAAAGAAUAGUAUUGUUGUACCAUGAGAUGGGACUGAGCAAAAAGGACCUGGAGAUACUUCCACCAGGAGUUUCGCUAUUGUUAAUGGAGAUUAUGUACAGGUGCAGGGAACGGCCACUUUCGGGUUGGCCUAAGCAAGUUUAUGAAUUAGUUGGCCGACAGGACUUGGCAGCCCUGGACAGACAUUCGAGGUCUCCGAAACGGGAAUAUCGUCCUACCAACGAGGAAAAGUCAUAUCCUAUCAAAGACCCGGAACAAGACGACGGCAUGGAGUUCGACGAUGCCAUUUUAUCGCUGAGGUUCAACGAGGACCACAGAGUAGCCGAAGUGCGAAGACUGCUCAAUUCAUCUAAGCCUGUAAGGAUAGCAAUAGUGCAGAGACCGGACGUGAGCGACCACGAGUUCAUCGAGGAGCAGGAAAGGCAUCUACAUGCACUUUGCACGAGAACAAUGGCCCUCCCCGUAGCAAGAGGAAUGUUCACUCUGAGGACCUCUACCCCGAUUAUCACGGAACAACUGCCGAUACCCCGACUAUGUCUCACGGGGAAAGCACCUCCAAGAGGAACCACGGUGGAGCUGGUACACAUCGACGUUCCCCCGAACAUGAACCUAUGGCCACUGUUUCAUAACGGAGUGGCAGCCGGUCUAAGGAUACACCCGGACGCCUCCGACAUAGACUCAACCUGGAUAGUUUACAACAAACAGCAGCAGGGAGAAUUCGGUAUCGAGCAUUCGGGAUUUCUGAUGGCCCUCGGCCUGAACGGACACCUAAAAAACUUGGCACCAUUCAGUAUGUACGAGUACCUAGUCGAGUGCCACGAGGCAACGAGUGUAGGCUUGUUACUCGGAUUGUCGGCGACCCACCGAGGCACCAUGGACGUCUCCAUGACGAAGUUACUCUCGUUACACGUGGAAACGUUGUUGCCGCCUACGAGCAUCGAGCUGAACGUUCAGCAGAACGUCCAGGUGGCGGCGCUGAUGGGCGUGGGCCUGGUGUACCAAGGAACGGCUCACAGACACAUUGCUAAUGCCUUGUUAUCGGAAAUCGGCAGACCACCGGGUCCAGAGAUGAAGAACUGCGUCGACCGGGAGUCCUACUCCCUGGCCGCGGGUAUGGCCCUAGGCCUAGUGGUCCUGGGAUGCGGAGGUGGGUCCGACCUGACCAACAUCCCGGACACGUUGCAUCGGUACAUGGUCGGCGGGAACGUCAGGCCGUUCACCGGGUCCCAGAAGGACAAGUACAAGUCCCCGAGCUACCAGAUCAGGGAAGGAGACUCCAUCAACAUAGACGUGACGAGUCCUGGGGCCACCAUAGCCCUGGGGCUGAUGUACUUUAAUACAGGGAACCGAGCCGUGGCGGAUUGGAUGCGCGCCCCGGACACCCAGUUCUUAUUGGACUUCGUCCGACCUGAUCUAUUGCUACUUAGGAUCCUCGCCAGGUCCCUGAUCCUCUGGGGAGAGAUCGAGCCGACCAAGACCUGGGUCUCCAGUCACGUCCCGGAAAUCGUCUACAAGUACAGGUUCCAAAAGCCGACGCCCGAGAUCACGCAGAACGUCGACCUGGAGACCAUGAACCAGGCGUACUGCAACGUCAUUGCAGGUGCCUGCAUGGCUUUGGGAUUAAAAUAUGCCGGCACUGCUAAUAAAAACGCCUUCAAGACUCUUUAUAAUUACGCUCAGAUGUUCACGGCGUUGACCCACAAGUCUAUCGCCGAGUUAGCUGGGAAGUCUACUAUAGAGACUUGCUUGAACGUCGUCCUGUUAGCAACGGCUGUGGUCAUGGCAGGAACCGGGGAGCUGGACAUCAUGAGAAUCUGUAGGCAUGUGAGGACUCGAGUGGGUCCUGCUAGCAGCGUCGUCACUUAUGGAUCUCAUUUGGCGACUCACAUGGCAUUGGGUCUCCUAUUUCUCGGAGGUGGAAGGUAUACGCUAUCCAACAGUCCCAGUGCCGUUGCUGCACUCGUAAUAUCUCUAUUUCCGAAGUUCCCUACUCACAGCAACGAUAACAGGUAUCAUCUUCAGGCACUGAGGCACCUCUACGUUCUGGCUGUUGAGCCGCGAUUGAUUCUACCAAGAGAUAUCGACAGUGGAUUGCGAUGCUACGCGGUUGUUCAUUUAACAUUUCGUAAUGAAAAACUGGCCGAUGGACAGGAAGCCGUCCUAAGAGCUCCAUGCUUGUUGCCUCAGUUGGAUAGUCUACGAAAGGUCGAACUAAAGGACGAUAGAUAUUGGGAGAUCACUUUUGAGCGGGGUCACAAUUGGCAACAGUUGGAAGGGAUGCUGAAGAGAUGCGACUUUCUGGACGUUAAACAAAGGGCCGGAUGCUUGUCCUAUCAGGAGGAUCCAUACGGCUUUCGCAGCCUGAUAGCGCAGACCCUGACGACCGAAAACGUAAUUCCCUGGGCCGUUCAUUCCGAACAAGUGACGUCAUUCACAAGUGAUAAGACCGUACUGAACAUUGUUAAAUAUUUCCUGCAAAUCCUUAACAAAGGGGAGGCAAGAACUGACAAAGAGUUAGAGUCGGAUAGUAACGAUAAGUCCACAUCGGCACAUCUCACGCAAAGUUUCCUCGACACUUCAGGAAGCACUUUGGGAUGUUCGACGGAGAAAUUUCCAAGUGAAAAAAUGGACGUAGGAGAAACUUCCGUUGAAAAAGACUCGCCUAAGGUUCAUCAGGUCCCAAGAGAAGUUACGGACUCGGAGCGUCAGUUUUUACAAACUUUUGCGAUAAUUGUUUACGAGUGUGUAAUUAAGGACAAAGUCAGUCUUCUGCCUCUGUGGGUGAACAUGUACAGAAGCAUCGAGGCGAUUGAAAGACGUCCUAAUAGUUAUUUAAUAUGGCAGAUAAAGUUGAUCGCCUCUCAGAUAUCGAACAGAAGUUACUCCGAUGAGACCAACCCCUUGCUCGGUGCCGAAACAGCCCUGGCGAUAAAGUACAAGUCCACUUCGAUAAUUGGUCGAUGGGAACGAGAUCUCAAGCCUCUCAUAAAACAGUUUCUAACAACUGGCUCGGUGAAAACAGACUCUACGUCUUUGGCUCGAUUGGCUGCGUACUUUGUAUUUCAUGACGUACCUCCCCACUUCGAUGCACAAUCCCUGGCAACAUCGGAGUCCUUCUCAAAAUAUCUGAUCGACCCUCCUCAGUCUGUACCGCUAGUUACAAUGUUUAAAUUACAUCUACUCUUGAAUGUUUACGAAUGAAAAUACACAUUCCAAGUACAAAAUAUAUAAAUAUAUAUAUUUCCCCCUGGG